AUGACGACCAGAAAAGGACCUUUCAGACUGGUGACAGUCAACACCGCACCUGAGCGCGCAAAGCGUCUCAUCGGUCGGCUUAUCACUGAACUACAAGAUGACUAUGAGAUAAUUCACGUCGACAAUUGUUCAAGCAUCGAUGAAGUUAUUCCAAAAGUCAUAGAGCAUAAACCCAAUGUCCUGUUCUCCGCUUCUAUGUGGUCGCCUGAAGAAGCAAAGCAAAUUCACGAAAUGGCAAAGUCUAUCGUGCCGGAUAUAAAGUUACAUGCCAUUCCACAGGGGUUACAGGUUGAGAGAGGUCCCGAUGCUAUUGUGGAGUAUCUUGUUGAAAAGGUUCCGCCUCUACUGGACAGCUGA